AUGUUCAAUUAUUUUUUAAAAGGCUUUAAUAAUUGCAAAAACAAAAUCGAUGUUGACCAUUUAAGCAAACAAUUUUUAAAACACAUUUAUAAUUUCAAUACAUACGAAAUAUCAUUAUGUUUAAAUAAAUUUUCGAAAAUUAAUUAUCAUGAAAAAGAUUUCUGGAAUCAAGUUUGUAAAUUAAUUACAUCAAACGAUGCGAACGUUUUGAGUCGCUUUGGGGUUUUAGGAAAUAGACAGUUCCCAAAAAAUGGCGAAAAAGGUGGAGAAAAAGGCGGAGAAAAAGGCGGAGAAAAAGGCGGAGAAAAAGGUGGCGAAAAAGGUGGCGAAAAAAAUCUCCUAACCCUUUUUAAUAUCGAAGAACUGUGUUUAGUAGUGAAUGCAAUAACAAAAGUUAACAUAAAAAAUGAAAAAAUAUUAAAAUUAGCUUCUAACAAAAUUAUAAAUGAAAUAAAUAUUAAUAAGCAUACUAUAAAUAUAUUGAAACAUAUUUCUGAAUAUAGUAAUAAUAAUAAUAAUACAAUAAAUAAAAAUAUUCUAUAUGAAAAAAUUAGAAACAUUUCAGAAAACUACAAUGAAAUAAAUCAAAAUUUAACGGAGAAAGAUAUAAGCACACUUAUCCAGUUCAUAUUAGACCAAAAAAAUAAAAAAAAAAAUGAAAAAAAAAAUGAAAAAAAAAAUGAAAAAAAAAAUAAUAACAUAAAUAAUGCUAACAAUGCUAACAAUGCUAACAAUGCUAACAAUGCUAAUAGCGUUAACAAUGCUAAUAGCGAACUUAAAAAUGACGAAAACAGUAUAUUAAAUAAAUUAGAGACAAAACUGAUUAGUAGCCUACAAAAAGUUAACUACAUUAGUGAACAGAGUAUUGCUUUAAUUUUAAAUGCAUGUAGUAAGGGUUGUGAAAAAAAUAAAAAGCUAUUAGAAAUUAUAAAAAUAAUAAUAAUAAUGAAAAUAAAAAAUGAAGAUAAUAAAUGUUCAGAUAUAUUUAUAAGUAGUAUCACACAUUCUUAUGCAUCAUUUUAUUAUAGAGACAAAAUUUUAUUUAAUUUAAUUUCAGAAUAUACUUGUAAAAAUAUAAAUAACAUAAAUAUAAAAUCGUUAAUAAUUAUUUUAAAUAGUUUUAUUAACAUUAAUAUAAUAAAUUUACAAUUAUUUAACACAUCUUUAAAUAAGAUAUAUGAUAACAAAAUUGUCCAAACCCUAUCUAAUCAAUGCACAUCAAAUUUAGUUACAAUAUUAACAAAAACGUAUAAUUAUUUAGAUCAUGAAAAAGUGGAAUAUAUUUUAAAAAGCAUCAUAAAAAGAAUCAAAAAAGAAUAUAUAAAAUAUGUUGAAAUGAAAAAAAAAAAAAAAAAAAAAAAAAAUAUAUCUAAUUUUACUAAAAAUUAUCAUGAAAAAACGGAAAAUUUAUUUAUUUUAUCAUUUUUAACUAAACACUUGACAAACAUAUUAAAUAAUCUUAGUAAGCUAAACUAUGCUGAUAAUGAUUUGUUUGAAAUAUUUACAUAUUUAAUUUUAAAAAAUAAAAAUUAUAUAAAUAAACUCGAUUUUAUGAAUAUUGCAAGUGCAUAUUCUAGAUAUGGAUAUAUAAAUAAAGAAAUAUAUGACAUUAUAAAAAAAGAAUCAAAAAAAUAUAUAAUUUCUUAUGAUUUAAAAUAUGUAGAAUUUAUUAACAUAUUUACAAGUGUUGCUAACUUAUAUUUGAUUGAAAAAAAUAGACAAAAAAAAAGUGAGAACAUGAUGGAUGAUCAUUUGGUAAAUGGUUUCAAAGAUAUCCUAAGCAUAAUAAUAAAUAUGCUUAAAUAUAAAAAUGUUUCAAAAAUAGAAAUUAUAAAUUUUCAAAAUUAUGAUAAAACAAAUAAACCACAUAAUUAUAAUAAUUCUAUUGUUAAAGAUAAAAAUAUUAUUGAAAAUUUAAGCAUAAAUCAUUUAUGCACUAUUUUAUCAGUACUAAGCAAAAUAAAUAUUCAUGAUGAUGUUAUUUAUAAACAUAUUUUAAAUCAAUUAAAAAAAAAAAUAUUUAAAAUAAACGCAAAAUGUUUAUCUAUAUAUUUAUUAUAUAUAAGCAAAUUUAACAUAAUGUUAGAUAAUUACAUAAAAUCAGUGUUAUCAAAUUGUUUUAUAAUUGCAAACAAUUCUAUGGUUUCUAAAAAAAAAAGCGAGUUAAAUUGGGAUAUGUUAUAUGGAAGUGGCAAUAAUGAUGGAAAUGGCAAUAAUGGUGGAAGUGGUAAUAAUGAUGAACGUGGCAAUAAUGAUGAACGUGGCAAUAAUGAUGAACGUGGCAAUAAUGAUGAACGUGGCAAUAAUGGUGGAAAUGGAAAUAGUUCGAUUCUAAGCAAGAUGGGCAAAUUAUAUACCCAAUUAAGAACAGCCGAUUUGGUAAAUAGUGUGUACAUUAUUAGAUGUAUAAUAAAAAAUGAUUGGGAAUAUAAAAAGAAUACAUUUAUAAUUUAUAGAUAUUUAAAUUAUAUUUAUGAAACAAUUUCAGAAAAAAAUAAUAAUAAUAAUGAUAAUAAUAAUGAUAAAAAGAAAGAAUAUUUAAAAAAUUUACCUAAUGUUAUAAAGUUAGAUGAUAAUGAUAUAGAUGAAAAACAAAAUGUGAAAAAUAAAAAAAUGAAUAUACAUUGUUCAUCUAUUUUAGUAAAUACAUUAAUAAUUUUAAAUACACAUAUAUAUAAUAAUUGUUAUUAUACAAAACUUAUUAUAUAUUUAUUAUUUUAUACAUUUAAUAAUAUCUUUGAAAUGUUGAAUCUUGAUUUUUCAAUUAAAAAAGCAAUACAUACAAAUUCAGAUAAACAAAUAAAUAAUAUCAAAAAUGUAAUCAAAAAUAAAAUUGAUCCUGCUAGCAUUCGGCAAUUAAAUAUGUCUGCUUUAAUCUUAUGCCAUUUUGUGCCUUUAAAUAAGAGCAUGCCAAAUGAAAUUUCGCAUCUAAACAAGAACAUGCCAAAUGAAAUUUCGCAUCUAAACAAGAACAUGCCAAAUAUAAUGUCUCAUCUAAAUAAAUACCCAACUAUAAUAUUGUCCUUUUUAUUUUUUUUUUUAAAAUAUACACAAUUUGUUCAAUUUGAAAAAUAUAACUCUAUAUAUAACUAUACUACAAACGAUAAAAUUUUAGUUAAUUAUGAUAAUAAUGAUAUAUAUUCUAAUUUGAAUGAAGAACGAAAAAAAAAAAAUAUUGACUGUGACCCUUCUCUUAUUCCCCAUGUUUCCCAUAACGAAAUAAGCAUCUACUCAAAUAUUUUGAGCAUUUUAAAAAAAUAUAAAAAUAAAAAUAAAAACAAAAAUAAAAAUAUAGAAUACCAAGUUUUCUCAUCAUUUCCAAUUUAUCUCUACUAUGUUGACAUAUUGAUAAUACCGCGCCCCUCGCAAUGCCCAACCAAUUAG